UGGACUGCGGACACAUUCUUUUCAACCACAGUUGCAAUACAUACGGUUCUCCCGCACGUGAACGUGCUUCCACAUUUUCAAAGCCUAUUAACUCUCUGAACAGCAUCCGCACACCCAUCUAGAACAGGUGGCACUGGCACACUGGCCAGAGGAAAUGUCGGUAGAAUCCCAUUUGUCAACCGAUAUCAGGUACUUACAGCAAGCCACCUGCGUAUCGAUCUGGACGAGUUGCAAGCACAAAAAAGUUGAUUCUAUGAGACUGCGGCACCCCCCUCUCUGUCCUUGAUUUCAAUCAUGGCCAUCGCUAGAGCAUCAAUGAAUGCAAAUUACCUUACCAACUCUCAACUCCUUGCGGUUCAGCAUACUAUUAUCAGGAUCGGCGCAGAGUUUCUUUUCUUCGGAAUACAGGCUCUACUUUUCAUUGUUUCGACUUGGCUGCUUUUUCGCAAAGGAAUCGGCGCGGUCCGUGCUAGGGUAUUCCUUCCUAUCCUAACGAGUAUCAUGUUUCUCGCUUCCCUCGGCGUUAUCAUCAUCGACAGGAUGAUUUCCCUGCGUCAAGCAAGCUCAUAUGGAUUAAAUGCACCGGUUAUUGCUUGCGGUAUGCAUGUUAGCCACGAUAGGCACUCAACCACGGCCAUACUCGAUUUUGUGCGAAAUACCCAAGGACCUAACACGCUCUCCCUCGUACUAACGCUACCGCCGCUUAUCACAAACUUGGUGGCGACAUCCUUGAUUGCUCUUAAAGUGUGGGACUACCGAAAGCAGAUAAAGUCGAUUCUUACCACAAGUACAACGUCCAGGAUAUCCUCCACUCGAACGGAACAGGUUCUUCUUGUACUCGUGGGAAACGGGUUCCUUUAUUGCGCAGUCUGGUUACUCAUACUCAUCGCGGGGUUCGAUGACUCCCGCCAAUAACAUAUUGAUUCUUGGUAUCGCUGUUAGCCUUACGUUUCGUCAGCACUCAAUAUACUACGAGUUCUACUCUUCUAAUGUCUUUGAAUCCAUACGCUCAGGGGAACUAUCCGACCUUUAUCGUGAUAAUGGUAUCAUUGGACAAAUCACACGCCAAC